AGGUCGUCGGGGCUGCCCCGGCCCGCCCCUCGCCGCGCCCAGCCCCGCACCUGCCCCCCGGCGCCGCCCCGCUGCUCGCCCCGCCGAGCCGCCGGCGCGUCGGGCCGAGGGUGGGGAGCUGCUGCCGGAGCCGGCGGCCGCCAUGGGCACGGGGCGCGGGGGGAUGCGCUGCAUCAAGAUCCUGCUAUGCAUCUUCAACCUGACCUUCUGGCUGGCAGGAUUGGCUGUCAUUGCCUUUGGUCUAUGGCUGCGGUUUGGUGGGGUUAUGGCAGACUUUGCUUCAGAGAAAAAGUCUCCAGAGUAUUUCUUCAUGGGACUCUAUGUAUUGGUGGGAGCAGGGGCUCUCAUGACCACAGUUGGAUUUUUUGGGUGCUGUGGAGCAGCGCGGGAGUCUCAGUGCUUACUUGGAGCAUUCUUUGCUUGCUUGUUGGUGAUAUUUGCAGCUGAGGUCACUGCUGGAGUAUUUGCCUUUAUAGGCAAGAAAGUGGCAAUACAGGAAGCCCAGAAAAUCUAUGAAGACAUUUAUGAUGACUAUAUGAAAAAUCCAGGGGGGGAGGUCAACAGGACUAUCUUUCGCUACCACUUGGCUCUCCAAUGCUGUGGUAAAGAUAAUAUGGAACAACAAAUGGGAUUACCCUGUCCAGAGAAUAUCCAGAUGCCAAAGAACUGCCUGAUUGAAAUCCAGAAUGUAAUUGAUGCUAAUCUGCAUUUAAUUGGAAUUGUUGGAAUUGCAAUUGCUGGCAUCACAGACUGGACCCUUCAUGCAAAUACAGAAAGCUCUGGGGGAGGAAACAUGUCCAACGAGAUCCAGGCUAAAGGAAGAGAGGGAAAGAGGUGGGAAGCUGGCAAGAUAAUGCAGUCAUUUGGGAGCAAUUGCAGUGCAAAGUGUGCUUAAGCUUCCCAAGCUAGCCUGAGACACGCACACACACCGCUCUACACAUCUUUGAGUUAAAGGGGCCACUAAAAUCUUUAUUCAGAAGUCCCUUUAUCCUGCAAGACUCUAUAUGGUAUAUAUGCUGGUGCAGGAGUGGAGCCUAUAUCCAGAAAAGCAGCAGUUUUGUCAUACUCUGUAGAAUCUGACCGGCCUGUGGAAGCCAACUGAAGUGUGCAAAUGGACAGGGAAAGACUCACAGCACUUUAAUAUCCUCUGUUUCUGCUUCUGUGACUAUCACAGCUUCCAUGGGGCUCUUACCUCAACCUCUCACCAUUUCUUGCGGGUGUAAGGCAGGAAAGAAAGAUGGGACCUUUUUACAGAGCCAUAAAGUAAAUUUACAUACUGGUACCUUUAGAUUGCAUGUCAGGUAUAAAAGUUACACUGUGUGCUUGAAAUACCUCAGGGCUUGAGUUUACAUAAGUUUGUUUCUAUAUUUUUAUUUUUCUAUUUGCAAUAUUUAUUCAUAAGAGAAUGUUCCUUUUAAAAGAGCCUAGAAGGGAGAAAGGUUCUCCCCAGUAGGGGAAAAUAAAUUACAUCAGAGGCUCAGAAUCUAUUAAUUUUUGGCUUACUGGAGAUAAUUCAUCAUUGCAGAGAACAGCUUUUUGCUAACAAUAUCCAUGUAGCAGCUCUGUCUCUCUGAUGACAACUAGUUCAGAUUUCUGAUGCAGUUGUUCCAUACGUGAUGGGGAAAAGUUCAGAUAAACUAUGUAUCUCAUUGAAAUGGUCCAUGAUGUCUAACAGGACUUGGCAUUUACAAAUUGUGGGGUCUUUAUUCCACUGAAACACAAUGGAAAGGAAUGAGAUUACAGAAAAUGUGUCCAUUCUACUGAGCAUGUUUGUGUGGAAUAUAUAUCCCUGGUGAUAUUUCUCUCAUUUUCCUAAGAAACUCAACCAACCAUCACUUUUCUGUUACUUCACGAUUGGAAACAGUAUGGCUGUUCUAUGUAUCUGAUUUAAUUGACGCAUCUUGCUGUGUUACACAGAUCUCUCUUUUCAAAUUGUUAAACCACAAACUGCCACCAAGACAGCUGCGCACGAAAUGCUCGGUAAUGCAGCAGGCCCUGCCAACGGAGCAGUCUGUGCCCAGCUUCAGGUACCCAGCUGACAGGGAUACAUACUGUACACCACAGAAGAGUUAGGCUUGUAUCCCUCUGUUCACAGCUGACUAGCUAUGGAUGCCAUGUAAGAGUAGAGCCUGGAACCUCAUUCUACAAGCAUCAGACCAGGAAACAGGGCCCCCAAACUGCUGUCUGCUCCUAAGAAAGGCUCAGUUGGGAGAAUGACACUGGCAGUAAAUGCAUGAGGGUCUCAAGCUGAAACUACGAACGCUAAGUUUCUCACAGCGGGCAACUGACAUAGCCAAAGCAACUUCCUGGAUCCCAGGUACACUUGAAAGUGUCCCUACGACUGGUUCUGCUCCAAAUAGCUAACGGAAUAGUAUACAGCUAUUUUCUCCCAAGGUAAUACUGACAGAAAGAAGAAACCUGUGUAUAGUGUCAUUUUUGCCAUUCAGAGCAAGAGUUUUCCAGGAAAAACAGCACAAGGAAGCCACUGGUUCAGGUUCCAAGGGAUUGCCCUACAGGGAUAGCUUUAUUUGCAAUUAAUUUCUAUUUCCUUCUGUUACACUCCCCCUUGUAAAGACAGUAUCUUAUUUAUUUUAAACACAUCUACAUAUAAUUGGAUUUAGUUUCUCUGAUUUGUAGCACCAGAAUGUAAUUUUAGAACCAGUUUACUUCUAGAGUAUACUUCUUUGUUUACUGUUUCUUGAGUAAGUCGGAAGAUGCCCACUCCUGCUUUAGAGAUGCACUGAAUAAAAAGGCAGCUUGCAGAAGCCUCUGUUGCUUCCCCAGCUCCCCCACUUCCCCAGAAAUACAAAAACAUCCAAGUGCCUUAUGAAAACAGGCAAGAGUGGUACAAAGAAACCUUCUACAAAUUCAGACUUGAACAGCCUAACUUUCUGCUGAAGUGUUUUGGGUUUGUGGGCUGGUUGUGGGGUUUUUUUUCCUUGCUCUGAACAGUGCAUUUGUUUUUCUGAGCAUAAUUACUGCUUAUACUGUAGGGUUUGAUGCUAUUUAGGUAUAUGGGAUACUUGCACUGCAUAUCAAGAACAGAGUAAUACCAAUUACUGGUUUAAUUCUGUAAGUUAUUGGUAUAAUUUAAGCUGGAAAUCAACAUAUUAUCUAUCUACUAGUGGCUUUAACAGAAUCCAGAGAUACAGCCCCUCUUGUUUCCUGCUGUUGUGAGGUGCAUAAUGUAUUUGCAGUUUUCUCUGCAUUUUAGUAACAAACUUUUUUUUUUUUUAACUCAUUCAGGGACAGAAAAUACAACUGUUCUUUCCCUGUCAAAGCUGUAAGAAUCCUUUCCUGUCGCUUUUAGAUCAUAGUUAACAACUCCAAUUUCCAUUAACUAGCUUGAGCAGCCCUUCUUAAAUGCUCAGAUGUCACAGGCCGGGUUAUGGCUAUCAAAACUGGAUACAUAGUGCCCACAGUUUAUUGUGCUGCUGCUCUUUCAUUUCAGCUUUUGGAAGUGCAAAAUCGUUGAUCAUUGGCAGUACAAAAUAAUUUCCAAGCAGCUACACCGAAUGUCUUCAAUAAGAAACCUUUUCAAAAGUAACUAAAUCCAAACCAGUACCUAAACUUCCUCAACACAGUUCAUGGUCCAGAGUUGCGUGCCAGGAUUUCAUUAACAGACUCCCAGUGCUGGUAUGCGCCAGACCCAUAGCAACUGCCAUAAAAAUCAGCAGGAGUACCUGUCGGGUCCUGUCCCUUGCACCCUUUUGGAGGAAAGUGACAAAAGAUCAAAUCCCUCCAGGUGAUAACUCUGAAAACACAUCACACAUGUUUCUGUCUUCUUCUGCCAAACAGUUUGUUCUAAAGCAUAAAGAUGUAAAUUGUCGAUGCCAUUAUUGGUGAUUGCCUCUCUAAACAUCAUUAUUCACGUUUCCCUUGUCUAAUUUUUCUAACUGACUUCAGUGGGAGCUUCACUUGUUACAGGAAAACCUCAGCCAGUUUUGAUACCCUGCAGAGAUUGCACAGAAGCUGACAAAGCACAGCCCUGUACAAUCCCUAUGCUGAACGUUCAUACUUCACUUCUGUUCAUACUGAAAGUGACAGAUUUUAUAGCAAAAUAUAUUUCGUAUGUAUUGAAAAAUAGAUUGAUUUAUCUUAAACCUUCAAAUGCUAUAUUUUACAGCCUUUGGAGGCUACUGAUUAACAGUAUCAGAUACUGUUCACAGAAAAUGUACAUAAAUAAAGCUUUUCAAUCUUAUUUUUUCCUCUCUAUUGGUGCUCCAGCCGCUGGGUUCUCCAAAACACAAGCCCCUUCCAAUGUAACAUAUAUGUUUCCAUAGCACAAAUUCUAAUACUGGACAGAACUGGCGCAUCAGCUGACGCUGCAAAGUCUGUAGCAGAAUUACCUCGACGGCAGCUUUCUUUGAGGGAACCCACACACACACCUGACUCGCGGAAAUCGGCUUCCGCUUCCUGUAGAGUCUCACGCGUUCUGAAGUGGCGUUUUAUCCGCUGUUCUGUCUUGAAUUUGAAACAACUUUCCAAUAAAAAUAACCUGAGAUAAACGGC